GAUCACUCCUACAAAUUAAAAUCACAGCCAAAUUCUUUUUUUUUUUAAACACAGAAAGAAAAAAAAAAGUCGAUGCCGAUUUUUUCAAUUUCCAUAUUUUGUUACCGGAGCAGUGCUCACCCAACCUUGAACAACGUCCUCCGCGGAAUCCGAUGCUUCUCAAUAGCUGCAGCCAAACAGCAACAGAAUCCGAACAGCGUAUCCAGGAAGCUCCACCAGCAAACAAACAAGAAACUCCUCAGAGCCAAACACACCUUCAAGGACUAUUCCUCCCUCGCCCCAGUGCUAUCCCCUAACGACAAGCCACCGCUCUCGGAGACCCAAGCCGUCGGCACCGUCGCCUCCGCCCAAGCCAACUUCAUGCGAGUCGUUGUCCAAUCCGAAGAGUCUUCUGGAAACCUCGACGAGGGUUCGGACGAUUCUUCUAGAAAUGGAGUGGAGUUACUGUGCGUGGUUAAAGCUGUGUUGAAGAAGAUAAAGAGGAAGGUUUUGGUUGGGGAUACGGUUUUGGUUGGGUCCAUUGAUUGGGUGGACCGUAGGGGAAUGAUCGAGAAUGUGUUUCAGAGAAGCUCCGAGAUUCUUGACCCUCCAGUGGCUAAUGUGGACCAUUUGCUCGUGCUCUUCUCUAUGGACCAGCCUAAGGUGGAGCCCUUUACGCUCACCAGGUUCUUGGUUGAGGCCGAGUCCACUGGGAUUCCUCUCACCCUCGCCUUGAAUAAGGUGGAGCUCGUAGAUGAAGAGACAAUAAUUUCAUGGAAGUCUAGACUACGAAGCUGGGGAUACAAACCAGUGUUUUGCAGUGUUGAAUCCACACGUGGACUUGAUUCCCUUGCUUUUAUUUUGAGAGAUCAAACAACUGUAAUUGUGGGUCCAAGUGGAGUUGGAAAGUCUAGUCUGAUAAAUGCUUUAAGAAACAAUCAACUUGCUUCAAAUGCUACAAUGGAUAAUUGGUUUGACACCAUUCUAGGAAGCAAAUGGUUAGAGGACCAGCGGGUUGGGGAAGUUUCUACGAGAAGUGGCAGGGGAAAGCAUACUACUCGCCAUGUUUCAUUACUUCCGUUAUCUGGAGGGGGUUAUCUUGCUGAUACUCCAGGAUUUAACCAGCCUAGCUUAAUGAAAGUAACAAAACAUUCUCUAGCUCAAACUUUCCCAGAGAUCCAGAAACUGCUUAAUGCUAAUGAGCCUGCAAAAUGUUCUUUCAAUGAUUGCCUACAUCUCGGAGAACCCGGAUGUGUUGUCAAAGGUGAUUGGGAAAGAUAUCCAUUUUAUUUUCAACUCCUUGAUGAGAUAAGAAUUAGGGAGGAAUUUCAAUUAAGGACAUUUGGAACCAAAAAAGAAGGUGACGUAAGGUACAAGAUGGGAGACAAGGGAGUUCAACAAGCAGAACCAAGGUUGGAACUUAAGAAGCAUAGGAGACAAUCUCGUAAGAGGCUUAACCAGUCAGUUCUUGAGGAAUUAGAUGAGCUGGAUGAAGACAACGAUGAUGACAACUUACUAGACCAGGAGAAUCAUUCUGUAAAAUGAGUCGCUGGGAAUGAAAGACCAGUAAUAUGUUGGUAAAGCAUUGUAAAUAGUUGAUAUGAAGACCCUUUUUUGUUUUGGAAAAGGAAUGCCACUCAAGCAAAGUGAGCAACUGCUA